CGCCUUGUCCUCUUUUUUCUCCCCUGCAUUCCCUUCAUUUUUCUUCCCCAGCUUUCUUGAUCUGCCGUGGUUGUUGCCUGGACAUAUCCCAUAUAAGAAUCGUCUCUUUUCUGCCUUGAGUUCGGUAUUCAGCUCAAUUCUUUCUCCAUCGUCCCAACUCUCCUCGUCUCUCCGACUCGCCCCCUCCCCCCUUUUCCUUGUAUCUCUUCCGUAACCCGCCAAUUCACAAGCCAAUUCCAUUCAUCAUGGCUCCUACCGAUCUUGAGAAGGAAGAUCAUCAGCGCGAUGCUGAGUUCAACCGCGCUAUGCACGGAAAGUCUGCUCAGGCUGAGGGUGGCUUUGCUGCUAUGCGCCAGAAGAACGCCGCUGCUCAGAAGGCUGCCGUCGACGAGUACUUCAAACAUUGGGACAACAAGGCUGCGGAGACUGAGACAGAGGAGACUCGUGCUGCCCGCCGCGCAGAGUAUGCCACGUUAACCAGACACUACUACAACCUUGCUACUGAUCUUUAUGAAUAUGGUUGGGGAACCUCCUUCCACUUCUGUCGAUUCGCCCACGGAGAACCCUUCUACCAGGCUAUUGCUCGCCAUGAACAUUACCUGGCUCACCAGAUGGGUAUCAAGCCCGGCAUGAAGGUGCUCGAUGUUGGCUGCGGUGUUGGUGGUCCCGCUCGUGAGAUUGUCAAGUUCACCGAUGCCAAUGUGGUUGGCUUCAACAACAAUGACUACCAGAUUCAGCGUGCGACCCGUUAUGCUGAGCGCGAGGGUCUCAGCGACAAGUUGACCUUCGUUAAGGGUGACUUCAUGCAGAUGCAAUUCCCUGACAACUCCUUCGACGCUGUCUAUGCCAUUGAGGCCACCGUGCACGCCCCCGAGCUCGUUGGUGUCUACAAGGAGAUCUUCCGUGUGCUUAAGCCUGGUGGUAUCUUUGGCGUUUAUGAAUGGCUCAUGACUGAUGAAUAUGAUAACGACAACGCUGAGCACCGCAAGAUCCGCCUUGGUAUUGAACAGGGAGAUGGUAUCUCCAACAUGGUCAAGGUCUCCGAGGGUCUGACCGCCAUCAAGGAUGCUGGGUUCGAGCUGCUGCACAACGAGGAUCUGGCAGACCGCCCCGAUCCCAUCCCCUGGUACUAUCCUCUUGCUGGAUCCUUCAAGCACAUGACUUCUCCCUGGGAUUUCUUCACAAUUGCCCGCAUGACCUGGUGGGGCCGUGGCUUUGUCCACCGCUUCGUCGGUUCCCUCGAAACCGUCGGUCUUAUCCCCAAGGGCACACAAAAGACUGCCGACAGCCUGGCUCUGGCUGCAGACUGUCUGGUGGCCGGAGGUGAGAAGAAGCUUUUCACUCCCAUGUAUCUGAUGGUUGGACGCAAGCCCGAGUAAACCCCCGUGGAACGACUGUAAAAAGAUGACCUGCACCCGCAUCCUGCGCUUCCUGCACAUGGCGUUCUAUCAUAUUUAAUAUCCUUUCUUUCCUCCAUUUCUAUUUACCUUCAUCAUGUUGUUAUUACUGCAUACCGCCAUGGGAUGCUUUUUCUUUUUUUUCGUUGACCUUUCUUGCUUCUUUCUUAUGCCUGCCUGUUUUCAUGGCCAGUGUACGAACACUACUUAGUAUGCGCCCAUGGUGAUGAUUGUAUUAUUCUACUCGCUGGACUGUCAAUUAGAAUAAUAGAGAAAAUAUCCAACUUUAUAUAUAUGUCUUCCAUAUGCAUCA